UAGAGCAGCUCAAGCGGGAGGGCAAGUUUUUGACCAAGGCGCAGAAAGAAGAAAAGGCCCGAAACGAGAGGAAGCUGCAGCAGAUGCUUGCCGCUGGCAUCAAAAUUGGCCCUGUCGGCGAGAGCGAGGCUGAUAAGGAAAAGGAAAAGGAAAAGAAGAAGGCUGACGCUAGGAAACGAGGUGCCGGCCGUAGCAAAAUCGACGAAGAGAAGGCUCUUGCAGAAGCUGCUGAGCGGGCAAGAUUGCAGGCUGAGGCUGCUGCCAAAGAGGCUGAAGAGAAGGCUCGUCUCGAGAGGGAGAAGGCCGAAGCCGAGGCUGCUGCGAAGGCCAAGGCUGCAAAGGAAGCUGCCGACGACAGCGUAGACGAGGAUUGGUUGGCGGCCGCCGAGUCGGAGAAGGAAGACGUCAAGGACAGCUGGGAUGCCGAGUCCGACGAAGAAGACAAGCAACAAGAGGAGAAGAAACAAAGGGACGAGAAGAAACCGCAAGCGCUACCAUCUCGGCCGAAGCCUCAAGAAGAGUCUGAAUCUGAAUCUGAAGAAGAAUCUUCAGAAGACGAGCAGACGACUCAGGCGAAGCUUGCAGAACUGCAGAGGAAGAAGGAGGCUGCUGAGCGCCGGGAAAAGGCUCACCAGGCUGCCCUGGCUGCUCGGUCCAAGGAUAACCUUCGCUCGCCUAUUUGCUGUAUUCUCGGGCACGUCGAUACCGGCAAGACGAAGCUGCUCGACAAGAUCCGGCAGACCAAUGUCCAGGAAGGCGAGGCGGGCGGUAUCACCCAGCAGAUCGGCGCCACUUACUUUCCCGUCGACGCCAUCCGGCAGAAGACGGCUGUCGUCAACCGCGACGGCAAGUUUGAGUUUAAGGUGCCUGGUCUCCUCAUCAUCGAUACCCCUGGUCACGAGUCUUUCUCGAACCUGCGUUCUCGUGGUUCGUCGCUCUGCAAUAUCGCCAUCCUGGUGGUUGAUAUCAUGCACGGCCUCGAGCCCCAGACCCUCGAGUCGAUGAGGUUGUUGCGUGAGCGGAAGACGCCGUUCAUUGUGGCGCUCAACAAGAUCGACCGUCUGUACGGCUGGAAGAAGAUUGACAACAACGGGUUCCAAGAGAGCUUGGCGCUGCAAAAUAAGGCGGUGCAGAACGAGUUCAAAAACCGUCUCGAGCAGACCAAGCUUGCCUUUGCUGAGCAGGGUUUCAACUCGGAGGUGUUUUACGAGAACAAGUCUAUGGCCAGAUAUGUGUCGCUGGUUCCCACGUCCGCCCACACUGGCGAGGGUAUCCCCGACAUGCUGAAGCUCAUUGUCCAGCUUACUCAAGAGAGGAUGGUGGGCUCGCUCAUGUACCUGUCCGAGGUUCAGGCUACCGUUCUUGAAGUCAAGGCCAUCGAAGGCUUUGGCAUGACGAUCGAUGUCAUCCUGUCCAACGGUAUCCUCAGAGAGGGCGACCGCAUCAUCCUGUGCGGUGUGGACGGCGUAAUCAAAACAAACAUUCGAGCUCUACUCACACCAGCCCCGCUCAGGGAACUCCGGCUCAAAUCGCAGUACGUGCAUAACAAGGAGGUCAAGGCCGCCCUGGGUGUCAAGAUCAGCGCGCCAGGUCUCGAAGGUGCCAUUGCCGGCUCUCGGCUGCUCGUCGUCGGCCCCGACGACGACGAGUCGGAUCUCGAGGAUGAAGUUGAGGCAGAUCUUGCCAGUCUCUUCAGCAGAGUCGAGAAGUCGGGCCGCGGUGUCAGCGUGCAAGCGUCGACGCUCGGGUCCCUCGAGGCGCUGUUGGAUUUCCUCAAGGAUUGCAAGAUCCCCGUCGCCAACGUCGGAAUCGGUCCUGUCUACAAGCGGGACGUCAUGCAGUGCGGCAUCAUGCUGGAGAAGGCGCCCGACUACGCCGUUAUGCUCUGCUUCGAUGUCAAGGUCGACAAGGAAGCGCAGGCAUACGCCGACGAGCAGGGCAUCAAGAUCUUCACAGCCGACAUCAUCUAUCAUCUCUUUGACAGCUUCACCAAGCACAUCCAGGAGCAAAACGAGAAGAAGAAGGAGGAGUCAAAGAUGCUUGCCGUCUUCCCAUGCGUCCUGCGGCCCGUCGCCGUCUUCAACAAGACGAACCCUAUUGUGGUUGGUGUUGAUGUUAUUGAGGGUAACCUCAAGAUCAACACCCCCAUUGCCGCCAUCAAGCCAAACCCCACGACGGGCGUAAAGGAAAUCAUUGCGCUUGGGAGAGUUACCUCGAUCGAGCGUGAGCACAAGCAAAUACAGGUUUGCAAGAAGGGCCAGCCGUCAGUGGCCGUCAAGAUCGAGAUGGGCGGACACCAACCAACGUAUGGCCGCCACCUCGAGGAGAAGGACCUGCUCUACUCGCAGAUUUCGCGCGCCAGCAUCGACACGCUGAAGCAGUUCUACCGCACCGACGUCAGCAACGACGAGUGGCAGCUCAUUAUCAAGUUGAAGCCCAUGUUUGAUAUUGCUUAGGGGAGGGGCGGGCCACAAAAGGUAGGGAAGAGAAAACAGAAAUACAUUGGGAUGGAUGGGUCUUAUAGGGUUUUGUCUAUGUUAUUGUUCCGUGUAGUUGGAGGGUGGUAGCUAGGUUUUAUGGUCAAGUUAUACUCCGUAGUAGUCUGUCCACAUUGUUCACUCUC